UUGUAUCUAAUCUGGUGUGCGCACGUUUUUUUCGUAUCAAAUUCAAUUCUGUCUUGGUUGUUUUUUUUUAUUUUUUCAUUUAACCCAAAAUUUUAUAUCGUACACUACUGGCCUUUUACCGUCAUCAGUCUGUGAACGGACAUUCGAAUCGACGGGCAACCGACUGUAAUACUGCACACAUUCUAUAUACACAUACCUACAUAAUAUAAAGAGUACGUGUCGAAGACAUCAUAAUACAAUAUACCUGCAGCAGCGUCGUGAUGAUUUGGACGAACUACCUGGUCGUUUGUAUUUUAUCCAUCGCAGCCUCGCCACUGCUGCCGCCGCCGGUAACCGGAGUCAGCAACCUCGGUGACGCGCUGGUGCAGGCCAACGCCAAAGGAUUUCCGGCAGGAUUGUUGUACAACGUAGCUGGACUGGAGGGCCGUUCGGGCAACAGCAAGGAGCAACUAGCCAAGGCCCUGGACUCGCCGAAAGUGCAGGAGGAGGCGCGUAAGGCAGCCGUCGAGUAUGCGGUAAAGGACCUGCCGACAAGCCGCGAGAACACGGAAGGUUACUGCGCGUACUCGUGGCUGAGAUGGUUGCCGUUCAUGGACUGCGAUCAGCAACCGGCGGCAGCCACCGAGGUCCGACAGGCUAUUCAGCUGAUCAACAACAAACGGAACUGUAUGCGGUAAACACACAAUAGCACGAUAUUAUUACAAUAUUAAUUAUAAUAAAACGACAAAAAAUUUAGCACGGUUUUUUUUUUUUUUAAUAUUAUAUAAUUUAUAUACUCAAACAUAAUAUAUGAUAAUAUACUAUUUAUAUUUUAUUGAAUAAUAAAAAAUAACAGUCGUUAUGUGUAAAACGCACAACACUAUAUUA